UCAAAUAAAAAAAGUAAAAUAUCCAAUCCAAUCUAACAAGUAACAAUCUAUCUCCGGCUCAAUUUACAAAAACAACCUUACUAAUCUCUUCCGCUGUCCGCUCUAUUAAAUCCAUUACUGCUACAGAGGCCAGAGCUGAGCUGAGCUAGCUCUCUCAUCAGACCGUAUACGUUCUUGAAUUCGAAUUUCGUUCAUCGCUCUCUGUCUCUCAACUCUCUACUCUCAAUCUCUCGCCAAAAUGUCAGUCUCCUUGCCUUCUACUUCAUCGGCUCUCUUCGCCGUCUCACCUCUUCAGGAGGGGAAUUGCAGCUUUCCGAUUCGAUCUUCUACGGCGAAUUUUAUUUUCAAGCUUCACAGGACAUACCCUCAGCUCCGUGCUUCAAGCAGCAAUGCUUCAUCUAUCGAGACUGGUUUGAGCACUGAAUUAGAUGCUGUUUCGAGCUUCAGUGAGAUCGUUCCAGAUACUGUCAUUUUCGAUGAUUUCGAGAAGUUUCCACCAACUGCUGCAACUGCCAGUUCUUCGCUCCUUUUAGGCAUAUGCAGUCUUCCGGAUACGAUAUUCAGGAGCGCUGUAGAAACUGCUCUGGCGGAUUCAGAGUGUUAUGGGCAAAAAGAUCCCGGCGUUCGAAUGUCCUGCUUCCUUAACAAGGCUUUAGUUAAUGUUGGAGGUGACUUGUCGAAACUAGUUCCUGGUAGGGUAUCGACUGAAGUGGAUGCUCGCCUGGCUUAUGAUACUCAUGGCAUUAUUAGGAAGGUGCAUGAUCUUUUGAAGUUAUACAAUGAGCUAGGGGUCUCUCCAGAGCGUCUGCUAUUCAAAAUUCCUUCAACAUGGCAAGGAAUAGAGGCCUCACGGGUGCUGGAGUCUGAAGGCAUACAAACACACUUGACCUUUGUUUACAGCUUCUCUCAAGCUGCAGCUGCAGCACAAGCCGGGGCUUCUGUUAUCCAGAUAUUUAUUGGUCGUCUUAGGGAUUGGGCACGCAAUCAUUCUGGUGAUCCCGAGAUAGAAGCUGCUUGCAGAAGAGGAGAAGAUCCUGGUUUGGCUUUGGUGACCAAAGCAUACAAUUAUAUUCACAAAUAUGGAUUUAAAUCAAAGUUAAUGGCAGCUGCAGUUCGAAACAAGCAGGAUAUAUUCAGCCUCCUGGGGGUUGACUACAUUAUUGCACCAUUGAAGAUAUUGCAGUCACUCAAAGAAUCCAUUACCUCCCCUGAUGAGAAGUAUUCUUUUGUGAGGAGUCUAUCUCCACAAUCCGCUGCAGCUUACAAUUUCAGUGAAGAGGAUCUUGUUAAGUGGGAUCAGUUGAGCUUCGCAUCGGCUAUGGGGCCUGCUGCUGAAGAGCUUCUGGCUGCUGGAUUAGAAGGUUAUGUUAAUCAGGCGAAGCGUGUAGAGGAAUUAUUUGGUAAGAUAUGGCCACCACCAAACGUGUGAUAAUUUUCCAUGAGGGCUACUUUCAGUUGUCACUUUAUUUUAUUUUAUUUUUUGGGCCAAGCGAAAAUGGUACAUGAACCUUUUUUUGUCGCUGUUGUUGUUGCUAUAAGAAUAACAGAAGAGAGAACUUGUGUAGUCCUAAUUUCCCUUCACCUAUCUCGGUAAUCUGUUAACAGUAGACUCUCAUCAAUCAAAUGCCUGCUUACCCUUUCAUACGAUGAAUUCAGAUGGGAUAAGGAGGAUCUGUUAUUAAGUUAA